UUUUAAUUUCUAUUUUACUUUUGCUUUCAAAAUGACUGCCCUUUCAGGGAUGUGGAUUUUUUUAUUACUCGGAAAUUUUCACUGUGAUGCCGUCGUCCCAUGCAGUCCUAACUGUAUAGAUAUGGAAUUCGAUGGGAAUGGAAUUUGCACCCGUGGGUGCAUUGAAGGUUAUUGGGGAGAUAAAUGUCUGAAUGGAUGUCCAUCUUCUUGUUCCACAAGAGUCUGCAAUAGAACUAACGGUCUGUGUUCCUCCUGUAAAGACGGGUAUUAUGGACAGAGAUGCGAAAAAGAAUGUUAUUUGUAUAUUACAUGCUAUAAACGAGCAUGUGCGCACGACAGUGGGUACUGUAGAAUGGGAUGUGUACCGGGUUAUUAUGGGAUUUUCUGUGACAACUCUUGUGGUAACUGCAGCAGUGAUACAUGUGACAAAUCAAAUGGACAUUGUGGGACCUGCAAUAAAGGAUUUUAUGGAGAAAAGUGCGACAUGAAAUGUAGUAUUACUUGCCUUAAUCAGGAAUGUAGAAAAAUAAAUGGACAUUGUAUUAAUGGCUGCUACAGGGGGUUUUAUGGUUCAUCCUGUGAAGCACCAUGUAGUAGAAAUUGUGCAAAAAUUGAAUGCCUUCAAAGUGGAGUUUGUAUUGGCGGGUGUAAACCAAAUUGGUCAGGAGGAAAAUGCGACAAGAUGCGAAGGAAUAGUCCAUGA